GUGAGGCAUUGUAAAUCAAUCCAUUUGAUGAUGAAUAAAUUCAGGUGGGUGACCGAAACUUUGGACCUCAUUUUUUGCACUGCUCUGGUCUGCAUUAUUAAUUGUUUUGUAAUAAUGAAUAGCCAUAUGCAUUGAUCAAUGCAGAAGCUGGGAUAUCAAUAUAUUCUCUUUUCUAAAAAAAACUAUAUAUUGAGCCAAGCAAACAAGGCCAAGCUGCACUACACAAGCUGACAAGCUUGUGUCAUAGCCAUGCAUCAGCUAAACAUAACAUAUACUACAUACUCAAGUUUAGGAAGCUACAAAGCAGUGUGGUUUCUUCCAGACGAAUGAACCACUUCAUUUUCACAAUUCUAGAUGCAAUGAUGCAUCCAUGCAUCGUAGUACAUAACACAUCAAGCUAAGGUAACAAUCCUAUAAUCCCUAAAAAAUAUAACACCUUGGUAAUUAACAAUCCCUUCGAUGUAUACAUCUCAACAACCAACACAUUUUGACUACUAGAAUGUUUGAACUCAUUACAUACAAGUCCAUGAGAAACCCGGAUUGUUUUGCAUUUUGCGUGCAGACCAAGCAUGCGGUAGGAACUUACACCAUUCCACAUUCAUACUGUAUAUAUGUAGGGGGCGCCUCUGCAAACCUUCUCUACCGUGUGCGUUUAGGUGUAAACCGUUGAAGUCUAUGGCAUUCAUGAGUUCCAUUUCGCUCUACAUUGCAGCUCUCCUCCUAUUCGCAGCCUUGUGCACUUCGGAUGACCGUCUUGUCCCUGACAAGCCGCUGUUGCCCGGCACCACCAUCAUAUCUGAUGGUGGUGAAUUCGCCUUUGGCUUCUUCGCCCCAUCCAAUUCCACUCCAGAGAAGCUCUACCUUGGCAUAUGGUACAACAACAUCCCCCGGUUCACUGUGGUGUGGGUUGCAAACCGGGCAACUCCGGCCAUCUCCUCCUCAACUCCUUCGCUUGUUCUGACCAACAAUUCUAACCUUGUCUUGUCCGAUGCCAACGGCCGUGUUCUGUGGACAACCAACACGACCACUGCUCCGAGGUCGAAUAGUACUACUGGAUUGGUGCUUAUGAACACAGGCAAUCUCGUCCUACGGUCACCAAGCGGCAAGAUUUUAUGGCAGAGCUUUGACCACCCAACUGACACGCUACUCCCUGGCAUGAAGAUAUGGAGGAGCCACAAGACGGAUGAAGGAAACCGGCUUGUUUCUUGGAAGGACCCCGAAGACCCCUCGACGGGUACCUUCUCUUUCGGUGUGGAGACAGACUUGUUCGUGCAACCCUUCAUCUGGAAUGGCUCCCGUCCGCUCUGGCGCAGUUCUGUAUGGACAGGCUACACGAUCUCCAGUCAAGUCUACCAGCUGAACACCAGCAGUUUGAUGUACCUAGCAUAUGUUGACACUGUCGAUGAGAUUUCCAUCGUCUUCACCAUGUCCGAAGGUGCCCCACCUAUGCGGGCUGUGAUGAGCUACUCAGGCAGGAUGGAACUACUUGGUUGGAAUAGGAAUUUAUCAGAUGAUUGGACAGUGCACAUAACAUGGCCGGACAGUAGUGAGUGUAGCAGGUAUGCCUACUGUGGACCCUCUGGUUACUGUGACUACACAGAGGCAACCCCAGCUUGCAAGUGCCUUGAUGGGUUUCAGCCUACGGACGAGGGAGAAUGGAGCAGCGGCAAGUUCUCACAAGGUUGCCGGCGAAAGGACCCACUACGCUGCAGUGAUGGCUUCUUGGCGAUGCCGGGCAUGAAGGUACCUGACAAGUUUGUUCGCAUCAGGAAAAGGACCCUUGUGGAGUGUGUGGCAGAGUGCAGCAGCAAUUGCUCUUGUCUGGCAUAUGCAUAUGCAAACUUGAACAGCAGUGAGUCCAACGCUGAUGUGACAAGGUGCCUGGUGUGGAUUGGAGAUCAGUUAGUUGACACGCAGAAGAUAGGUAUGAUGUCAAGUUAUUUCUUUAACACUGCUGGUGCUGAAGCUGAAGAGACGCUGUAUCUCCGGGUGGCAAAUAUGUCAGGUACCAUUUCAUAUGAGGAGAAUUUCUAAAUCGGAAGUUCCCAUGUGGGUGCGCC